CAAAAAGUUGUUUUCUCAAUUCAAAUAAACAUCUAUCCACUCUCUUCCACCAUUAAUGGCUUCUUCUCUUUCAUCCCCUCUCCUCAUUUCCCUCCUCUUCAUCCUCCUCCCCUUCCACUCCAAUGCCGAUCUUCACAGAACGAGCCUACGCCGGCCAGAUCUCUUCUCUGAGUCCGAGCUUGCAGCAACCGGCAACCACACUACUCCACCGACACUCUUCUUCGAAGUGACCAAACCCAUUGAAACUCCCGAGGCCCAACCAUGCUCACUCCUCCUCCUCCAACACGAUUUCGGAUACACUUAUGGAAAAUCGCCCGUUCUGGCGGAUUACAGUCCUCCUUCUCAUUGCUCGUUCAGUAAAUUUUCGAAGAUUGUUCUCGAAUGGAAAGCGACUUGUAGAGGAAGGCAAUUUGAUCGCAUCUUCGGCGUUUGGCUCGGCGGCGUUGAGAUUCUUCGGAGCUGUACGGCGGAGCCGAAGGCUACAGGAAUUGUUUGGACGGUGAAGAAGGACAUUACGAGGUAUUAUUCGUUACUUUCGAAGAAUCAAACUCUGGCUGUUUAUUUGGGUAAUCUUAUCGAUAAGACGUAUACAGGAAUAUACCAUGUGAAAAUUCAUAUCCACUUUUAUCCUGAAGAGAAACGAUUCCAAUAUUCUGAAAAAUUAGCAGCUGGCUAUGAUUCUAGAGCCGAUUUAAUCUUACCAAUUUCCCGGAGUUUGCCAUUGAAUGAUGGUCUGUGGUUUGAAGUACAGAAUUCAACUGAUAUUCAGGUGAAGGAAUUUGAAAUUCCCCAAAAUUCUUACAGGGCUGUGUUGGAAGUUUAUUUAUCUUUCCAUGAGAAUGAUGAAUUCUGGUAUUCAAAUCUUCCAAAUGAUUAUAUUCUUGCAAACAAUCUUUCUCAAACACCUGGAAAUGGUCCUUUUAGGGAGGUUUUAGUCAAUCUUGAUGAUGAAAUUGUUGGAGCAAUUUGGCCUUUCACUGUGAUCUAUACUGGAGGUGUGAAUCCCCUUCUUUGGAGGCCAAUUACUGGAAUUGGAUCCUUCAACCUACCCUCUUAUGACAUAGAACUGACCCCAUUUCUAGGGCAUUUGUUAGAUGGAAAGUCUCACCACUUUGGAUUUAGUGUCACUCAUGCCUUGAAUGUGUGGUACAUCAAUGCAAACCUGCAUCUCUGGCUGGAUGAUAAAUCCACAAAAACUGAAGGAAAGCUCUUGAAUCACAUCAUCUCGCCGCUAUCGAAUUCCGAGGAUUUGAACUUCACAGGUCCUGAUGGAACAUUCUUGACAAAGGCAAGCAGAUCAGUAUCAUCAAGUGGAUGGGUGAAAUCCUCUCAUGGGAUCAUCACAACUCAAUCAAACCAAGAUUUUAGUUAUAGUAAUUCAAUGGUGAUGGGAAAUGAUGGGAAUAGCCAGAUUGUGAACCAGGAGAUUCAAUUCAACAGUAGUGUAUAUGCCAAGGAGGAAUCUGGUCAUGUUUAUUCAUUCAAAUCUCUCAAAACUUUUCCUCUUUACAUGUACUCAAACACCAUUGAUGAAGGAAAUGGGUCUUUCCAAUCCAUAGCCAACUUGACAUUGGGAUUCAAUGAGAAGAAGGCUGAUGGACUUGGAUCGUUCAUCAGCUCUCUGAAGAAUGUUCAAAAUGGGCAGGGGAUGAUGACUGUGAAGGGCCACUUGGUGACGAGAGGGUUAGGGAGUACACAGCAAGAUUACAGAUAUCAUGAUGAUAAACUGUGUUAUUCCAGGAACAUUAGCAGCUCCAACUACACCAUUCUUUAUGAUGAUGUAAACAGUUUGUGUGACAAAAAGCCAGAAUCCCCUGAAAGCUUAAGGUUUAGGAAAUGGCCAUUUCUUUCCAGAAGGGUUUUUCUUGCUUGUCAAUAGUGGACGAGUUUAGAAUGAUCUACCUGUGUUUUAACCUCUCAGUUCUUCAGAGGUUCCUGCAUGCAAAUCAUCCAAAUAAAAGUUCUUUCCCUCUCUCUCUCUCACUCUCUCUUUGAAUUCUCCAACUCCGUCAAGAUUCAAAGAUUUCAAUUUU